AUGACCUUCAAUUAUACCACACUUAAUGACCAAGAAAUUCGACUGGUCACGAUACAUCCAAAUAAAAGCUGGGAGGCACUGAUAGAAUGUUCACUUGAAGUCGCGUCGCUUACACAGCGACCGAAGUUUGAGGCUCUUUCAUAUGUUUGGGGAAGCGUCGACACCUUUGAGACGAUUCAUCUCGACAGACAAUCGUUUGAGGUGACACCGAACUUAGGAUCAGCUCUUCGCCAUUUACGCCACCCAACUGUUAAACGCGUUAUGUGGAUUGAUUACAUCUGCAUCAACCAGGACGAUGUCCCGGAGAAGAAUAAGCAAGUUCCUCUGAUGGGAUCUAUAUAUAUGACUGCAGACCGCGUGAUAUCAAUUCUGGGCGAAUACUCACCCGAGAUAGAGAUGGCUGUUUCGUGGUGUGAGCGAUACAUCCACAAGAGGACCACCAAGCAAGCUCUAUUCUGGCGGAAGCUGGAACUCAAAGAAUUGUGGUCUGUUGAGGCUAGACGGGAGAAAGAAAUCGCCAUUCUGAAAACGUUCAUUGGCUUGCGACGUUUUAUCAUCCUCCCUUACUGGACUCGGAUGUGGACUUUUCAAGAAUAUCAAUUGCCCGAGCGUGAGCCGAUUUGCAUGUGCGGUGCCUUUACUUUUAAGGCGUCUGCUAUUCUGGGUACGUCAUGGGAUGGAGUUGUCCAAACUCCCUUUGCCGCUAUGGUUCGGGUGGGACAAGACCCCGUCGAGAUAGAAAGGAAGAAUAAGCCUAGCCUCGAUCAAGAUGAAAAGACAAGACAGCAUUGCUUGGAAGUACAACGGCUGAGUGCUAUAGAUGAUGAUGAGUUCACUCGUACAAUGGAGCGCUUCGCCUUCUUCGAUAUCCUGCGGGACCGACACGCUCCUGCGUAUAAAGGCCUGGCGUCUCUCAUGUAUUUAGCAUACCAUCGCCAAUGUGGCAACCCACGGGAUAGAGUGUACGCUCUGUAUGCGCUUGUUCCCUCUGCUCAGGAGGCAUAUCCUCCAGACUACAACAAGUCUUUAGAGCAGGUUCUGGUUGAGACAACAGAGUACAUCAUUCGAAAAGAAACAAGAGCAUGCAUUUUCAAUCUCUUUGCCGUUCGCAACAAUCAUCUGCUCGAUGACACGCUUCCUUCAUGGGUCCCUGAUUAUACCACAUCAUGCACUCGAGUAAAAGGGCUGCCGUCGCACUACAUCGCCCGAAAGAUAAAGGAGUCUCUGUGGACUCCCGCUGUGGAGUAUUUCCCUCAUGUAUCUGAGGAUUACAAAACUCUUCAUCUGUGGGGGCGUACUGUAGGCCACUGCAAACCUAUCUUCCGCUUUGGUUCAGAUUUGCGACAGGUGGUCGCAAAUAUCAUGAACUUCUUCGAAACGACGGAAGCGUGGGGCACGAAUUGGGAUCCCUCGACGGUACGUGAAAGAUUCGUCGAAGCAUGUCUGUGCCAUUUCCCUCAGGGUGACACCUUUACAAUCCAAGAGGCGAUCGAGGCAAUACACGAGCUAGCGCACACGUACGAGAAUACCAGGAUCCAGGGCCAAUCGAAUGAUACUGACCCGGCUGCAAACGAACAAUUCCAGUCAAAGCUCCGCAAAGAAUUGAGCGCCAAUUGCAACCAGUCCUUUUUCUUGAUCGUCACUAAGAAGGCUCAAGGAUUCGGCAUUUGCCCAGUCGCUAUAGAAGACCAAGAUGUCGUGAUGAUUGCCGAUACAGCGGAGCAGCCACUAGUGCUGAGAAGGCAACUGGAUAGAGAGCAUGAGCAAUCGUCGUAUAAACUGGUUGGCCAGGCGUACGUUGAUGGUCUUGCAGAGACAUCAAAUUCACUCGAUAGCCCUCUCUAUACCAUGGUGAAGGAUCAACCUCAUGAAGAGUUUCGCGUUCUAUAG